UAAAAGUAGCCUAGACAAAAUCAACAAAAUAAACAAAAGAAAAAAAAUUUGGUAUAAAAGGGAGACUGCUGCGAAAAAAACGCCCUUUUUCUUUUUAUCUUCUCAUCAAGAUUAGAAUAGAGAUGUUAGCAUGGCUUCAGCACAAGGAAGACACUCUCGUCUCUGUUCGUUUCCGUUAAGCCUGUUCACUUCAUUACAGAUCGGGCAGUGUUCCAAAGGCCGUAGUAAUCCCUAAUAAGAUUACAUUGAGGAGUCUGCUGGUUGUCAAAGUCGCUAGGCAAUGGUCUUGGCUGUUGUCUGUAUCGCUUCAUUCGGAUUUCAGUACAACAAUCUGACUGGGGCUUGUCGCCCUCUAUGUUCCAGGAACUUCUUACUAAAACUAGUACCACACCCGUUGCUUGGUGGAGGCUGUUUGAAGCCAGUCGAUACGUUCUUAGUCAUUGGAGUUGGUGUGGGUUGUUAUCUUUGGUCGGGAUCUGAUGACAGUAGGAGGUUUAGUGCCCGAAUGCAUCUUGUAAGUGCUUUUGCCUUGUUUACGUCUACGCUAGAGAUAUUGCAUUCUAUAGGCAGCCAUAGAUUGGCCGCCUGUUGGACAGUUACCUCAUCUACACGGAAUGUUAACCUUAAAGCCAAUACUCGUCCAGGUGCGGCUGCUACGAUUCAGCUGCCAGGGAUGUGCUUCCACCUUCUCGUGGUCUGGCCUGUUAACCAGCUAUUUUAUGUUGGGAACUAGGAGAAGCACUUAUUAGCAUAGUUUAUA